AUGCGUAGAAUUGACGAUGCUACCUCAGAGGUUCGAUGUGCAGUUUUCACAGUUUUUCCGAUUUUAAGACUGUUGUUCCCCGCAAAUUUCGUUUCUUUGUCGUAACAUUAUUCUUGUACUCUACCAUAGAUUUGCCAGUUCACCUAAGCCUGUGUAGUAGGUACCCGGAGUAACUAGAAAGUUUAUUUUCUCCAUUCCAUGUUUCCCCCGGCGAUUAAACGGAGCCGUGAUCUUAUUAGAAUACUUUAUAUUUUCUCACUUUUUGUUUUUUUGCAUUAACGCUUCUGUUCGAAGCCUGCAUUUGUAUUACUAACUAUUCCUCUUUUCAAACUUGGUCCCUUUAGUUUGUAAUCCUCGGCACAAUACAAUUUAUUGUAUUGAGGCGAGUGUUCGCAUUCCUGGGUUAUGUGUAAGUAGGGAAGAAGAAAGCCGUUUGAUCGCCUCUUCAAACGUUGCUAUCGAAGUACAGUUAACUUAACUUUACUUGUUAACUCCCGAAUCCUAAUGAACUCGACGAUCCCACCAGUACUGAUGGUUUUGCAAUUACAUACUUCGGCUCGCCUUGUGAUUCUUACUCCUUCAAGUUUAGACGUUUUGUACAUGACAGUGUCCUCGUAACCCAGGCAUGGAUUCUUCCAUGUCAGGCCUUAAGUCACUGCAGCCAACCCUUUCCACACUUUCGCUUGGGUCCAGUUUGGCAUUCGCAUAAGUAAAACACGACUGAUUAGAAUUUCAUAUUUCGUACAAUGAACUACUGCCAAUGUGCCUCAAACCCAGUUCACUAACAGAAACUCCAAACUCUAUUUCAGUCUCUUGAAUCUACUCGUCGUAUGUUGGCGAUGUGCGAGGAAGUAAGUGUUUUUCAUUUUCUUCGAUUACCUUCCAAGUAAAUUUUCAUCAUGAGUCGCCCCUGACUGGUUUUGUGUUUCAGCACCGCAAGUUCCAUUUAUGAUGCCUGGUUGUCUGCGCACCCCGAGUUUUAAUGUGUUUAGGUUAAUUUAAGGCAAAGAUAGUGCCACUGGGUCUUUCUUAUUCAUCAAUUAGUAACUUUUGCUAUUGUGUUCUUUACUGCUAAUUUCUUGCGCAUAAACAAACCUCAAUGAAACCCUUUUAGAGGCCCUACUAGUUCGGCAGCUACAUCAUGUCUAGGAUCGCAUGUUUCGUGUGCAAAUUAGAUAAGAUAUUCGCAUUGCUUUUUUCCUAGCGUAUAUAGCGCUUAUCCAGCUGCCACGAACAUUUAUGGUCAUCAUAACGCCCGUCAUACCUGCCAUUUUCCACAUUUUCCGGGAAAGGCAAUUUGGAGGUGAAUUCGUUGGAAGUAAAGGUUUUUCCGGAAGUUAAUAUACAAUCCUAGGAAAUCGUGUACAAUCAAAGCACAACAGCGGAGAAGUUGCUCAAUCCAUUGUUGACGCAAUUCAGUCCUAAUCUGAUGGCUAUCAUCAUGCUUCCCGAAUGGUUUCUGUCCUUAUCGUAGUUAACUUUGAAUAUUCUGCUUUCGUUCAAGCGGUUUAUCUCGGGUGCUUCGUAAUCCUUUCCACUAUCACCCAACAACUUAGAGGCUGUGUUUAUGUUGCCUCGAAUAUGGCCGCUUCAUAUUUCUGCCAGGGGUGCGUAUUUGAACUUUGGUUUUGAGAAAUUAUCUCAACUGUAAUACACUCUUAGAUCUGGUCCUUUUCAGCCCUAUCUACCAAUGUUGCCCUAAGUAUGAAGCUUAGAAAAAUUGAUGCGCCCCUUUAAAGUUUUGAGUAAUUGCUUAGAACAAAUGCUUAUAAUUGGAAUUUAUAUACGGACACCACUUACUAGUUAAGCUGGCUCAGCUCCGCAGGUUUACUAUCUUCCAUUUCAGUUAUUCGGCGACAGACAUUCGGGCAAAGUAGCCGCAGAUUGCGUGACUGGGUCGGCUAGCUUCUAUUUUACUCGUCAUCAGGUGUCCACAUCGGCGCCGUCGCCAGUCACGUAGCACAAGAUGAUGUCCAAAGGGACUUCGCCUCUAGCACCCUGCCUAACGAAACACUGCAAAAGUGGGAGCUGAAAACGGCAGGAAAUCUUAUGUAAUAACGGCACUUUUGCGCCGACCCCUCGCUUAGCAUGAAAGCGUCUUCCCCAAUCUGAGUAGUCUCCGUUCUCCGGAUGUGUGUCAGGGGGUCAAGUGUUAGAUUAUUUGCUAUCUUUGCACAUCACAUUGUAUUUCCACCAAAAAUCCGUUUUUAUAAGGUGCCCCAAAAGAUGCCCACACAGGCGGUGUUUGUAUUCGCAGUAUCAUUCAGACUCAGUCUUCACGGUAUCUAAAAGAGGCGGAUCCGCUGGGUGCAGAAGCUGGGCCAAGUGUACAUUCCAAUAGAACGCUGUUUCUAGGGACGACAGUGUUGUAUCCUGUCUAUCAUUGAACGUAGGAGUAGCUGGAUUGCUAGAUUGCCUGGUUCUGAAAGUUCGUUUAGAGUACGUUUGAUCAGGAUUUAGCGUCUUAUAGGACCGUUUUGGCUUCGCACUAUCAGAAAAUGCUAGACUCGGUGUUUUAUGCACAAAAAACGAAUGUUGGGUGAAGACGUUUUGCCCUACAGUUAGUUACCAUACCCUCAGUCAUCAGGGCCUAAAGAGUCUUGUGCGCAGUUAUUCGGGAUGUGCCCAUCUUACCGUCCGUCGUGUAGAUGGCUGGUGUCAGCAUCAAUUUUGUGACCGAUCGUUAUCCUUCACACGGGUUAGCAAACUAUUUUACCAUUAUUUGCAUCUCGAGAGUCUUUUAAGGUAAGGGGUGAGAAAGCUGAUCUAGUGUAAUUAUGGUUGAUCAUACGCGAAAAGGUUUUUAUGCUCUCAUGCUCGGUUCUCCGUGCAUGCCGGUUAGAGUCACCCAUGAGACUCCUAGAUGGUAUGCAAAAUACAUCGUUCGCGGCCGGACAUAGUCACCCAUCCUUUGUCAUCUAUGGCACGCCAGAGAAACAGGUCAUAUUUUCCUGUGGCCUUUCCACCUUUCACCCUGACUUAAGAAAGUCGACGACAUUUAAGAAGGCCUGCGCAUUUAUCUCCGCUAAUGAAGGAUUCACGCGCAAGUUUAACACUACUAGCCAACGCUGAUUGACACGAUGCGGGCCUUUCCGCUCUGCCAUCGAAGUGCAUAGAGCAUUUCAACCUAGUGAUAUAUGGCCAAACUGGCUGUUUUUAGAACGUGGGACAUCACUUAAAGCUGUUUUGGCGAGUACCGUUUCAUUUUAGUGCAAACAGCCCGACGGCCACAUAUCAUAGUCUGCCUUUUUGGUGCGAUAAACGUAGAUUCUAAGGUAUGAAAUCCAUACGAUAGAAUCCCCAUUUUCUGGGAAGCAACAGGCCUUCAAUAAUAACUACCGAAGGACUUGUGUAACUCAGCUAUACUACAACCUUAGUCCAUACGCGCCUAAUAUUACGACUUAGUAAAUCUCUGGCUGGUGUACGUAUUGUGCAUUUCCAAAAGUCGACCUUAAAUCUGGUUCAUGACAGCUCUGUUGGGUAAAAAAGCGAGGCAACGAAGUAUUAUUCCAGUUCAGAUUUAUCAGUGGAUCAACUCGUUUGGUUGUUUCAAGAUCCACAUAUGAAUCAUGACAUGCCUUAGUCCGCUGUACUAUUUUAUUCAUUCGUCAAAUAUCUCUGGUUUUUCCGCCUCGGUGCCUUUCCACUGCGUAUGACUUCCCCUUUCCAUUACUGAACUAUUGACUAUCUGAAGUCACCGAUUGAGUCAAUGUACUUCUUAACUCCUCGUUAACCGACGGCUGAUGCUGAGUGCUAUUUAUCACAUAGUUAUGCUCAUGAAUACACUACUUGAAAUUUCUACAGAUUUCCACAUCCGUAUGUAAACUAGUUCGGUGACAGUCCAUUAUAAUCUCAGACUUUUCCCCCCUCUAUACCGUCGGGCUUCUGCUCGGGUAAACUACUCUCAUGGGAGAUUGCGAGGCGGUUUUUGGUAUCACUUUGUCGACUCAAGCGUGCCUUGCGGUCUGAUAACACCUUUGAUUUCGUUGCUAAAAGGCAGGUUGCUGCGUAUGGCGGACUUUUUCUAGACCUGUCUUUGAAAGCGAUCUGAUCAGUAGCAAACAUGCGCUGUGAUUUUAUUCCCGCGUCUGUCUGGCAGUUUUAAAGAGAUUUGCGCGGAGAUGCGAGAACACAUCAUUUUGCUACAGCUUAAUUCUUCGAAAUUCUACCUAGAGACAUUCAGAGCGGCCACCACCAAUGCCCUCCCCCCCACUGUGGGAUUUUAUAAUGUGGUUUUCAUGCUUUUCAACGACUAGUUUUUGUCUCGAGACUAUGUUACAACAAACCAACGCUAGAGAUGCUUGCCGCCUACACAUCUUGCUGUUUAGAGGUCGUAGCAGCAUGACUAAAUCGCUUUUUCUAUAAAGGCAAAAGAAGCCGGGAUUUCCACUCUUGUUAUGCUUGAUGAUCAAGGCGGUAAGGCUGCAUCUCUGCAUCCCAAAAACCUGUUGUGACACCGUCGUAAUUGGUCCUGUGUUGUCUUCUGUACCAGUUGCAUGUGCCCCAACCGUUAUGAACCCAUUUUAUUGCAGAGCAACUGGAUCGUAUAAAUGAGGGAAUGGACCAAAUCAACGAGGACAUGAAAGACGCCGAGAAAAAUCUGGACGAUCUGAAUAAAUGCUGCGGUCUUUGUGUCCUACCUUGGAACAAGUAA